AUGAAAAAGCUCCUUUUUAAAAUAAAAGCAUUUUAUGUUAAAGACUUCUUAUCUAUCAAAGAAUCAAAGAGAAAAACUUUCAAAAUGGCUGUGGCUUUAGCAUUUUUAGAAAAUCUUUAAAUGCUAUCUGUGUACACAAAUGCUUUGAAUACCAUUUAGUAUGAUCAAUUUCCAAAUUAAGUUCAAUCCUGGAUCAAUUAUUUUAAGUGAAUAAAAUAUCAUAUGUAUUAGGAUAUACUCUUUAUUUGGAAACUCAAUAACUGCAAGAAUCAUUUGUGUUAUGGUUGGAUUUUCAUUAUAAAGCAUAUUUUUAUUAAGUGUUAUUUGUUUUGUGCUACGUUAAGACUUAUACCUUAAAUAAAAGUUAACUCUUAAUGAUUUACCACUAACUUAGGUAAUUAAUACAUAUAUUAUUAGAACAAAUAAAAUUAUCAUUUUGAGAAAUGUUGGCAGUCUACAUUUAUUUCUUGGUACAUGUAAAUUAAUCUUGAAGUCUUAUAAACACCAAUACUUUUUUGUUCUGUUAGCCUUAUCACUGAUAUUCUUGAUCUUAGUAUUUAUUAUUUUAAUGUAGAAAGUUUAAAUGAAUUUGAAUAAGUUGGAUUGCUCAUAAGCUUUAUACUAAUUAUUUUAUAAAUAAUUGUAGGGGUAUUCCUGCAUUUUCAUUAGACAGAUUAUAGAAUAAAAAACUACGAUUUUUUGGGUAAAGUUCACAGUUUAGAAAAUCACAUAAUAUAUGCAUCUAAGAUUUUGUAAUAUGAAUUCUUAUCAAUAUUAGUAUAAUAUUUUUAUCCGGGAGUUAAUCAAAUUCAAUCAUUAAUCAAAGUUUAGGAUUAUUAAUUAGUAGUAUAUAGGCAAUAUAUAACUAUAGAUAAAACACCUAUAUAGAUCAUAGAAUCAUAAAUCUUGUUUUUAAGAUUAACUUUCUUAUGGUAUUUUAUUAAAUGAUCUUAAUUUUAUGUGAAUUUGGAUACCCAAAAAUUAAGGUGAGUGCAUCUCUAUUAAUUUUAUUAAUUUACCCUUUAUUGAUGUUUUUAAUACAUUAAUUAUCUACCCGCUCAGAAAGGGAAAACGACUUUAAAAAUUAAAAAUAGUUUAUAAGAAGAUUAUAUUAGAAUGCAAAAAAAUAAGUUUAAUCUAAAAAAAGAUAGGAAAAUUAAGAUUAACAAUAAAUAUACUAGAUAUAUACAAUAGUGAGAAGCCAUUUAGAGAAUUGUAAGUAAAUGAGGAUACGAAAAAUGUUAAAAUGUUCUAGUUUUAAAUAGUAAUGCUUUUGUUCAACUUUUGCCCAUUAAAAAUAUUCUUUCUAAUCUAUUAAUUAAUGUAAAGAAUUUUUGAAAUUGUUAUUGGGUUAAGUAUUAGAAGAUGAAUUAAAAGAAGAUUCAAGUAUUUAAAAUACAUUAACAUAUAUAUGCUAUUUAACAGAAAUAAAAAAGGCACCAAUUUCAGCUAUUUAUGAAGUAAUUAGAGUAUCAACUCUAGAAAAGGUAUAGAUAUAUUUUAAAAUAGCUCUCUUUGAGAUUUUAAUAAAUUAUACAUUAACUUUAAUAAGAUUCUCUUUAAAAAUUUAACUAAUUAGUUAAAAAGUAAAAUUUAGUAAAUCAAAUGUUUGAUUUUAAAAAAGCAUACUUAUUCGAAGAAUCUUUAAAAGUCUUAAAGCAAAAUUUAUAUCUUAUUGUAAAACAAGAAAUAGUAAAAAUUUUUUAUAAAUUUAGGAAUUUUAUGAAGCUCUUUUUUCUCCAAUAAUAAAUGCAUAGGUACUUUAAGAGAAAGGAAUGCUUUUAGUGACUAAUAUUAAUCAUUUAGAAGAUUAGAUUUAACUUAUAUUUAGAACAAAUCCCUAAAAUGGAGAGUGUGACACAAUUUACAAGUUAUUUUAAAAAUAUAUAAAUUAUAAUAAAAUUAGGCCAAAAUUAUAUAGAAGAGAAGGUUAAUUAAUGGCUGAAUUUAUUUAAUCAUUAGAUAAAAUAAUUUAUGAUUAAAAAAGUUGUGUGGUUUAAAUUACUUUACUUUAACCUCGAGGAAAUGUAAUUAGAUACACAAGAUCUUUUUAAUAAGCAGUUUAAUGCAAAGAUGAUGAAAUAUUAGAUUAAAAUAUAAAAAAGUUUAUACCAUCUAUUAUAGCUAAUGAUCAUGAUUUAUAUUUAAAUAAUUUUGUUGAAACAGGAAGAAUUAAUGUAUUAAAAAGAGAAUUAAGAAUAAUUUUAGUAAAAUUAAAAUCCUAAUUUGUGAUUCCAAUUAAUACUAGAUUAAGAAUAGAAGUAAAUCCUUUUGAAUUUGGAGCUUAAGCUCUUAUGACUCCUGUUAAUCAUUCAUAUGGUUAUUUAAUGCUUAAUGAAUAAGGAUAAAUAGAAGAGAUAACAAAAAAUUUAUAUGAAGAUAUAUUUAAAUAAUAUUUAGGAUUAGAAUUUGAGUUAGUUAGAGGUUUAGAUUUUUUAUUAAUGAUUCCUGAAUUAUCAAAGAUAUGGUUGAGUUUAUUUGAUGAGAACUUUGAAAAAUUAGAUCUUUAUUUAGAGGGUUACUUAAUGAUCCCAGUAAUUGAAAAAUAAACUGUUUCCCCUUUAUUCUAAAUGAAUUAUGGAAAAAAAUAGCAAUUUAAUAAAAAACUUUAAGAGUAUAUGAAAAACUAUCCUUAAAAUCUUAUUAAAUAUUAAAUUAAUUUUCAUCUUACAAGUCUAACAACAAUAAAUUUAAGGUAAUGUUUUGAUAUUAUUAUAAAUAGAGUAGUAAUAGUAGAAAUUCCAGAAUAUAGAUAAGCUAUUAAUAAAUAAUAUGCUAGUUAAUUGGAAUUAAUUUAGGCCUAGCCUCCUAAAACGUCAAUGAAUAACACAUAUCAAUCAGAAAUACCAACUCAUAAAUCAUAUGGGAUGCAUUCUCAUUUAAAUACUCCUCCUUUAACUAAAACUUUAAUGAAUGAAUGCGAUUUAGAGUAUGAUAAUUUAAUAGAAGAAAAAAAAAUGAUAGAAGAAUUUAGAAAUUAAUUGGCCUCAGUUUCUAUGAAUAAUACAAUCUAAAAUAAUUCUAAAGAAUUAUUAGUUUAAUAAUAAUAAAUAUAAUAAUAACAAUGUGAAAAUGUUUCAGAAACUAAAAUUAUUAUGCCCCAAAAUGUUAUCUCUUAUAGAAGUGAAGAGUUUGAAUAGAAAUAAUUUUAAUAAGAACAAUUAUUCUAAUAAUAAUAAUAUAAUGGAUCUGUUGGAAGUAAAUCUUCAUAGAAUAACAGCAAUACAUUUAGAUUGUAAAUAAAAGAUUGUCUGUAAAAUAAUAAAGGAUUAAAUUUUAAAAUCAGGAUAUUUUUAUUAUUAUUUUAUUCUCUAUUACUUAUAGGGUAUAUCUUAAACUUUUGCAUUUUAUUUUAUAAUUUUCGCAGAAUUGACAGCAAUCUUGAUUUCGAAAGUUUACCUUAUCAAUUCUCUUAUUAUUAUAAUGAAUUUGUUAUAGCUAAUGUUUAUUAAUAAUAAUAAUGGGAUGAAUUUUAAUUUGAAGAUCUAUGUAAAAUUUCAAUAGAUUAUUACUAAUAACAUUAAUAAUAUAUUGAUCAAGUAGUAACACAUAUGCCUUAAAUAAAUAAUAAUAAAACUGAACAAACAAUGUUAAGAAAAACCACAAAUAUUUUAUCACAAAUGUUAGGUAUUUAUGAAACCAAUUUAAAUCUUUUUCUUUCAGAUUUCUUAAAUAAUUCUUAUGCAUUUCAUGAUUUAUUAGAUAAAGUUGAAGGAAGUAGCUCUCCUUCAUAGAUUUCUAGUUUGCUUACUUAGUAUGAUAAUUAUAUUUAUAUUUAAGCUUCAUUCUUGAAGAAAUUGUGUUAUUUUUACUUCUUUCAGGUUAUGCCUAUUUUUACAUUUAGAUCUUAAGAAUGAAAAUAAUAUUUUAUAAAUUAUUUUGCACUUUAUCAAAAGAUUUUGUAAAGGAUCAAUUUAUUUAGUUUCAUUCCUUAUAUAAUUAAAUCAACCAUACUAAAUUUAAAUGCAAUGAAACUAACGAGGAAUCAUUUGAAGCAUCAAUGGCUGGUUAAUUUUAAAAAAAUUCAACAUAAGGAAAUUUAGAAAAUCAAGUUAAAAUUGGCAAAUAAAUAUCAACUCCAUGUAUAAAAUUUAUUAAUAAAUUUAGAGAUUAAUGAAAAUUUAAUAUUUUUCUCUCUGAUGAUGCUUAUGCUUACUGCUUUUAGUUCAUCAUACUAUUUUGGAACAUUUUUACUGUAGAAUUAAGUACUUGAUCAAAUCUAAGCAAAUUAUAUAAAGAGAACAUAUUAUGAAAACACCGCAAAUCACUUAGCAUUUGCUUAUGCUCACUAAGCAGUCUUCUACAAUAAACCAAUUACUUAAGAAAUGAUGUAAUAUUAAAAUAGAGUUGCUGAAGAGUUGAAAUCUCUUAUAACUAAAAUUACAUUAUAAUAAGAAUAAUCUAAUAGUUUAAUUAAUAAAUUAUUAUUAGAUGAAGUUUGUACUAUUUUUUAAGAAGAAAUGUAAAAUUCUAUAAUUUUUUGUUAGAUUGUUACAGGAUAGAAAUUAUUAGAAUUUAUUUUCAUUUAAAGAUUGUCAAUCUGUACCUUCCCUUUAAAAAGGUUUGUUAUAUGUUUCUUAGGAAUUAUUUAAUUUUUACUAUGAUAUUGUUCAGGAUAUGAAUUCCAUAAAUUAAAAUGAAACAUCAUAAUUUUCACAUUAUUUGGAAGUUAAUAUAUAAAAGGAGAGACUUUACUCAUAAUUUAGUUUUUAACUUAUUAUAGAGAUUUUAUAAAGUGAAGUUAAAAAAUUGAUUGCAUAAACUAUUGAUUUGAAUAUAUUAAUGUUUAUCUUAGCAAAUAUUUUAGCAAGCAUGACUCUAUUAAUUGCAAAAGUCAUGAUUUAAAACGCUUAAAAGUAAUAUUCAGAUAAUAAAAAAAUCUUGAUAUUAUUUCCAUUUGAACGAUUAAUGGAAAAUGCUUAUGUACAUAGUUUUAUAACACAGGAUUUACGUUAUUAAGAUUGA